UCCUUGGAUCCAGCCCUGUGGGCAUUCACGUCAGUUCUCUCACCCCGCCGUGAGUCCCCUCCUGGUCCCGGGCGGGCCUGGCACGGAGGCGGUAACUAUGGAGAAUAUGGCGGAGGAGGAGCUGCUACCCCUGGAGAAGGAGGAGGUAGAAGUGGCCCAGGUCCAGGUCCCGACCCCGGCCUCGGACUCGGCUCGGGUCCCAGCUUCAGCUCCGGCCUCGGCUCCGACUCCGGCCCCGGCUCCGACUCCGGCCCCAGCCCCUGCCCUGGCCCAGGCUCCGGCCCUGUCCCCGUCCCUAGGCUCUGCCCCUGAGGAGGCCGAAAGCAAGAUACACAUCUCAAUUCAAAAGCAGCUUGCUGAUCUAGAGAAGUUAGUUUUUGUAACGGAAGGGGAUUUUGACUCCACCAAUUCAUUGAACUCAGAUAAUCUUGAUGCAGGAAACAAGCAGACUUGUCCAUUAUGCCCUAAGGAAAAAUUCAGAGCUUGUAAUAGCCAUAAGCUUCGUCGUCACCUUCAGAAUUUACACUGGAAAGUCUCAGUUGAAUUUGAAGGUUACAGGAUGUGCAUCUGUCACUUACCUUGUCGACCAGUGAAACCAAACAUUGGAGAACAGAUAUCCAGUAAAAUGGGCGCCCAUUAUCAUUGUAUCAUUUGUUCAGCAACAAUCACCAGAAGGACUGAUAUGCUAGGACAUGUUAGGCGCCAUAUGAAUAAAGGAGAGACUAAAUCCAGAUAUAUUGCUGCUUCUGCUGCUAAACCGUCUAACGAAAUUUUGAAAGAGGCAGACACGGAUGUACAAGUUUGUCCUAACUAUUCUAUACCUCAGAAAACAGAUUCCUAUUUUAAUCCCAAAAUGAAACUAAAUCGGCAGCUAAUAUUCUGUACAUUGGCUGCUUUGGCUGAGGAACGAAAACCUUUGGAAUGUCUAGAUGCUUUUGGAGCUACUGGGAUCAUGGGAUUGCAAUGGGCAAAACAUCUUGGAAAUGCAGUCAAAGUUACAAUUAAUGACUUGAAUGAAAAUUCUGUGACAUUGAUUCAGGAAAACUGCCAUUUAAACAAAUUGAAAGUCGUGGUGGACAGUAAGGAAAAGGAAGAGAGUGAUAAUAUUCUCAAAGAAGAAGAAAACCUUGGUAAUAUUAAGGUGACCAAAAUGGAUGCCAAUGUACUGAUGCAUUUGAGAUCUUUUGAUUUCAUACACCUAGACCCUUUCGGAACAUCAGUGAACUAUCUAGAUUCUGCAUUCAGAAAUAUAAGAAACCUUGGCAUAGUGUCAGUGACUUCUACAGAUAUCAGUUCUUUAUAUGCCAAGGCACAACAUGUUGCCCGGCGUCACUACGGAUGUAACAUUGUCCGAACUGAAUAUUACAAGGAACUAGCAGCCAGAAUUGUUGUAGCUGCAGUGGCAAGAGCUGCAGCCCGAUGCAACAAAGGCAUAGAAGUAUUGUUUGCAGUGGCUCUGGAACAUUUUGUGUUGGUAGUUGUGAGAGUUUUGAGAGGACCUACUUCAGCAGAUGAAACAGCCAAGAAGAUUCAGUACCUGAUCCAUUGUCAGUGGUGUGAAGAGAGAAUUUUUCAGAAGGAUGGUAAUAUGGUGGAAGAAAACCCAUAUAGACAACUUCCCUGUAACUGUCAUGGAAGCAUGCCUGGAAAGACAGCAAUUGAACUUGGACCUCUCUGGUCAAGUUCCCUUUUCAAUACUGGAUUCCUCAAAAGAAUGCUGUUUGAAUCUCUACACCAUGGUUUGGAUGACAUUCAGACCCUAAUAAAGACGUUAAUCUUUGAAUCAGAGUGUACUUCUCAAAGUCAGUGUUCAGUUCGUGUACCUUCAAAUCUCAACAAGCAAGAAGAAAAUGGUGUAUUUACUAAAACUACAGAUGAUACCACAACAGAUAAUUACAUUGCACAAGGAAAGAGAAAAAAUAAUGAAAUGAUUACAAAUUUAGCCAAGAAGCAAAAGACUGAUGUCAGUACUGAACAUCCUCCCUUUUAUUACAACGUCCACAGACACAGCAUUAAAGGAAUGAAUAUGCCGAAGUUGAAGAAGUUUUUGUGCUAUCUUUCUCAAGCAGGCUUCCGAGUAAGCCGAACUCACUUUGACCCAAUGGGUGUUCGUACAGAUGCACCUCUGGUGCAGUUUAAAUCUAUCCUCUUAAAGUACAGCACCCCCACCUACACUGGAGGACAGUCAGAGGGCCAUGUUCAGUCGGCACCCGAAGAUAUAGUAGCUGAUACGGUAGGGUUGAAAUGUCAGUGAAUGACAAAGCAGAAGCUAGUGGCUGCAGAAGAUGGUAAAUGUAAAGAGGAGUUUAUUCUCAGGUGUCUGUAUAGAUAGCCUAAUAGUUCUGUAUACCGACUGUAGUUCUUUUUCUAUUUCUUCAACUGAGUGGUGUAAAAAUAAAACAACAGUGCUGUUUUCAUUCAGAGAAUUAGCAGUUUCUAACUUAACUGGUUUGGGAGCUUUGCUUUCCAAGUUUUUCUUAUUUUAAAGAAAACUUAAAAAAAUUUUAAUGGAAACAUUUCAUAUGAAGCCAAGUUUCUGACUGAGAUCACUCUACUGUUUAAUAAUUUGGAAAAUUUUCACAUGUAAAGUGUUUGGAAUUCUAUGUAUGGUAUGGAAGCCAUUCUUUACUGUUCCUGAUCACAUCUCUACUUAAACUGAUUCAUGAUGUUAUGUUUUUCUUCUAGUAGUGUACAAGAUGAAGGGAAAGCCUUUCACAUACUAAAACUAUCCUGAAUAGAAUAGGAAGAACAGUGUUCACCCAGGUCACUAAUGUAUUUCACAAUUACCAAGUUAGAAUAUGUUCUCCUUUUUAAGAAAUCAUACUUCUCCCCAAAUUGAUCUUUUAAUUAACUACUAGCUUUUAGGAAAUUAAACACUUGCCUGAGGUAGAAGUACAUUUUUUUUUUUUACUAGUUUAAGUUUAGAUGACUAAACUACAGAGGAAGAUUUUGUCAAAGUAAAUUGAGACCAUUGUUCUAAUAUAAUUUGUUCACAGGCACUGAAAUCCUGAAGAGAUUUUGUUAUAAAUUAAACAGGUUGGGUGAUUUCUAGUGCCUUGGUUAAUGCACGUACAGUAUUCAUUCUCUUAGUUGUGCUACCUCUCAAGUAAAAUUUGUCACCUUAUGAAGGAUUUUUUGGUUUGGGGACUGGUUUUUCUGUUUGGUUGGUUUUUUGUGGGGAGUGGGAGGGUUGUGUGUGAUGUGUGUGUUUGUGGAAAUUUUUUGUUUAAGUAGGCCAGGCUAACCUAACUAUAAAAAUUAGUUAAUAAAUUCUUGUUUCCAUUAAUAAAUAUCAUUCUUGCUUCAUUUGAAUAUAAGAUUUCAGAUGAAAA